AUAGUUAGUAAUAGCAUAACAGAUCGUUGAUCAAAGUUAUGAAGUUUUAAGUAAAACACAUUAGAAAGAGAAAAAUUAGAAAAUUUUCAUAAAAUUAACGCGGUUAAUUGAUACUUCAUUUUCGCUUUGUGUGUACGUUUUCAGCCAAGGAUUUACAAACUGAAAUUAUCAUAAAGUCUUUUUUUAGGAAGUAAACGAUUUUCUAUCAAAGAGUAUUGAAAUCAGAAUUGCUGAAACUUAAAUUUCAUGUCUAUUCUUAUGCCUGGAGUAAAAUCUUCAAAUCAAAAGCGGGUGGUAACUUUGUUUUUAUUUAAUGAUCUUUACUAUAAUAGAAACCACGUAGAUGAGAUUGAACUGUAACUUCCACUAUUACCAUCACAGAUAGUUAAGCAUAUAUUUAAGUUCUAAAUAUAUCUAAUGUAUUUUUCAUGUUUAUUAGGCAAUCCUGAAUCUGAAUGGAUUCUAUGGAAUAAAAUAUUAAACGAUUGGUCAAAUUGUAUUAAGAAAAAAACCAUUAUGGAUACGUGUAAUGAUUUGAUACGUAACGGUGUGCCAUUUCAUUUUCGUCCAUUAGUUUGGCAAUAUUUAGUAAAAGCAGAUAUAUCAGAUGUAAAAGAAAAAUAUUUAAAUUUUAUGAAAAUUCCAUCUCCUUGUGAAAAAGUUAUUCGACGAGAUAUAUCUCGAACAUAUCCAGAACAUGAUUUUUUUCGAGAAAAAGAUGGAUUAGGACAAGAAAGUUUGUUCAAUGUCAUCAAGGCUUAUUCGUUGUACGAUCGUGAAGUUGGAUAUUGCCAAGGAAGUGCAUUUAUUGUGGGAUUAUUAUUGAUGCAUAUGCCUGAAGAAGAUGCAUUUUGUGUAUUUGUAUCAAUAAUGCACGAUUAUAAAAUGCGUGAAAUUUAUAAGCCAAAUAUGUUUUAUCUUGGAUUGUGUAUGUAUCAAUUAGAGUGUAUGGUGGAAGAACUUUUACCUGAAUUACAUCGUCAUUUUCAAUCUGAAGGCUUUCAUACAUCAAUGUAUUCGUCGACAUGGUUUUUAACAUUAUUCACUACUCAACUACCAUUAGCAUUAGUUUGUAGAAUAAUGGACAUAUUUUUAAGUGAAGGUAUGGAAAUUAUAUUUCGUAUUGGAAUUGCUCUCUUGAAUACACAUCAGGAUGAACUGAUGACAUUAGCAAUGGAAGACAUGUUAAAAUGCAACUUUUUAAAUAUGUUUCGUAUUUAUGAAGUGUAG